ACUUGUGUGCUGAUUUGAAAAUCAGUGCAGCCAAUUUCUUACUGAGCCAUGCUUUUGUUAUUACGUGCAUUGGUAUUUUUUUCCAUUUAAUUAAUUAAUUGACGCUAACCGUUCAUUUCAAUAUAAAUCUUAGAAUUUUAUUGAUAUAUGCUAUUAUAUUCUGCAACAGUAUCAUUGGAUAAAAAUACAGUUUCACCUAAAGCAAUUAAUGUAAGAACUAGUUAACUGACUGGGUUCACAUUCAAAACAUUUUUUGCCAUUUCUCCGACGCCAGACAACGACGGCAAGCGCGGUUUCCACUGUCACCGCCAUCCGUCGCGCUUGCGCGCGCCGCGUUCAAUUUCAAAUUGUUUUAAUUUCGAAAUUCGAACAAUGGAACUCCCAUAAUGCAAGCUCUUUUAUGAUAGUGUGUUUUUUUUUUCUUUUUUAAUGGCUACAAGCACUGUGUUACUAGUUGUAUCUUAGAAUUGAUAAAGUGAAAGUGCUAGAAAUGUGCUUAUCAAAGUGUGGAAUUUUGUUCUUUGUGUUGUUUACUUGUUGUGAUAUAGUACCUCAGGCGGAAGGCGACCUUAUGUCUAUGAUGGACUUCAGAUAUUGGCGAUGCGUAAUGAAACGUGAGGGGAAGUGUCCAGACCACGAAGUUAACUUCUUCUUAUACACACCAGAGCAUCCAUUCAAGCAGUGGGUUGACGUUCGAAACUACGACAUUCUCCACGCGUACGGAUGGAAGGCUUCCAGGAAGAAUGUCCUGAUAAUCCACGGGUUUAACGGGACGCAUUCCAAAACACCGAUGACAUAUAUACGUGACGCGUACCUGUCCCGCAAAGAUUACAACGUGUUUAUGGUGGACUGGUCGGCACUAACCAGGUUUCCAUGCUACCUCUCAGCGCUCUCCAAUACAAAGUUAGCGGCUCAAUGUACGGCGCAACUGUAUUCGUAUAUAACCCAGGCGGGCGCUCUGGCGAGGAAGAUCACGUGUGUGGGCCAUUCGCUUGGCGCUCAUGUGUGCGGCAUGAUGUCCAACCAUCUCACCGAGAAACAGUAUAAGAUUGUCGGUUUGGACCCAGCCCGGCCUCUCAUCUCUGCCUAUGGGUCAAGGCAAUUCCGCCUGACUCGAGACGAUGCUCACGUCGUACAAGUGCUACACACGAAUGCAGGGUUUCUCGGGGAAGCUGGCCAGAUAGGUCACGUGGACUUUUGUGUUAACGGAGGACGGCGCCAGCCUGGAUGCAGGGGACAUGUUAUGCGAAUCGCCCGUUGUAGCCACUUUAUGAGUUCUUGCUACUUCGCCGCCAGCGUGCGUCGGAGUCUCAAACUGAUGGGCGUCCCUUGCAACUCCGCCUGCCAGGGAGACUCUUCGAGGAGCAGAUGGGGUAUAAGUUAUGACAGGAAACCUGUGCGUAUCGGAGAUGAUAUACCAGAGAGCUCACGAGGGAUGUACUGCGUCAAAAUCGAUCAUCAAGAAGAUUGUCCUUUCGAUUGAUUGAAUAGCACGAAAUAUGUUUUUGUAAAUAUAGUUUAUAAUAAUUUAUUUUGUUAGA